AUGGCCCGCCGCGCUCGUGCACGCAGCUCACCCGAGCCAUCAGAGGAGCCCGAAGCCGCGUCGUCCGCCGCCGAUGCCGCCUCAUCCGACGACGACUCCUCAUCAGACUCGGAGCAUGUCGAGGUCGAGCCAAACCUCGCGACGCGCUCGAGGCGCAGCAAUGCGGGUGCGAGGAUGCAGGCGCUUAUUGAGGACGAGGCGAGUGCGAAAGUCGAGACGGAGGAGAUGUUUAGGGAGGAGGAGAACGACGAGGAGUUUGAGCAGAAGGAGGAGAAGGACGAGUUUGAUUCGGAUUUCGGGUCGACGGAUGAGGAUGCGGGAGAUGAGGAGGACGAUGAGGAGGCGGGCGAGAAGCGGCUACAGCGCGAAGCAAAGGAGGCCAAGAAGACCAAAGCCGCUCGCAAAAAAGCCGCCGCAGCAGCCGUCGCUUCCACCUCGGCAACGACUCUCGAUGGGGGAGCAGAGGAGGGAGGGGAUGAGCCGCCGAAGAAGAAGAAGAAGGUUGCGAUUGAUCCGGCGUUGUACGCGCCGCAGAGGGAGAGUACGAGGAGGACCGCGGUCGAGAGUAGGAGGCAGGUGCAGGAGAGGCUGAAGGAGACGGAGCAGCGCAAAGCCGUCGCCCCGAAGCAGACGAAGAAGGCGACUCGCACCCUAACUCAAGCCGACCUGAUCGCCGAAGCCCUCGAGACAGAAGAGAAGAACCGCGCCGCCUUGCUCGCCUUUUACGCCGCCGAGGAGGACCGUCGCGAGCAAGAACGGAUCGCCGGCAUGCGGUACGAGAUCAUCGGCCCGAAACUCACGUUCUUAAGUAGGGUGCAGGGGAGGGUGGAUAAGGGCAAGGGGAAGGAGGAGAAGAUGGAGAAGGGGAGGAAGAGGCUGAUUGAGGUUAUUGGCGAGAGUGGACAGAAGGGUUGGAAGGCUGGUGGAGCGGAGACUGGUGGCGCUGUUGCUGGUCCGUCGGGCAGCACCCGCUCGAACGCCGUGGCGAAGCCCUCGACCUCCGCCUCGCUCAACGGCAUCCUUAACCCGAUCGACGCCGACUCCAUCACUUCCCAGCCGCCCGAGUCGCAGGAGUACUGCCGCAACUGGCUCAUAUUUGACCAAUUCGAAGGCUCGCGCGGGGAAGAGCUCGAGGCGUUGUUUGGCGACCAUGUCGACUGGACCAAGCCGCCGCCCAUGCCGAAGAAUGGCACGAAGCACACCCUGUGCCCAAUCACCGGCCUGAUCGCGCGCUACCGCGACCCUCGAACCUUGACUCCCUAUGGCACCCUCUCCGCCUUCCGCACCCUCAACGCUAUCGUCGACCACCAAGCCUUCAUCUGGUCCGACUCUCUCUCCGCCUACACCGGCACGACCGGUUUCGGCCUCAUGCGCGACGUCGAGAAGAGCUGGUCCAAAAGGCCGCUCCCGCCUGGUUCGAGGCUCAUGUAUGCCGUCGCUACGCCGCCGCCUGUCAAUCCUGCGAUGGCGAAGGGCAAGGCCCGUGCGACGGGUCAGGGCUAUCCGCAGCAGCAGCAGCGACCGCAGGUGGAGAACCCGUACAAGAUCGAGUAUGCCCACGCGGGCGGGAGCGGACGAGGCCAGCGUGGUCGGUCGUCUCUCCCCGCCGAUCCGGCCGCGCAGUACCCCGCGCCACCGCAGAACACCCUCCCGCCUCCUCCAGCCGGCGCGCAACUCCCGCCUCUCCCGCCAGCUCCAGCCCAACCUCCGCUUCCUGCCUUCCCCGCUCAACCGCCCUUCCCUUCGCCAAACGGGGCUCAAGCUCAGUACGCACCUCACCCGAUGGUUGGCGCGUCGCAGGCUCCGCAGGCGAGGUCGAUCCAGCUCGGAAGCGGGAAGAGCGCGUUUGGACCGCCGCAGGGGCAGUGA